AACAUAUUGGUGAAAUCAUGGACCCCUUUACGGUUCCCAAAAAGAUCAACCGUAAUGUUCUCAAGGCUCUCAGCAUCCUGCAAUCGUCUCGAACCGAUUUUGUGCGCUUAAGUGAUAUUACUCGUCAGACACAGAUCCAAAUGCGCAACUGCGUUCCGGUCGCCAAUAUGGAAGACGUGAUAAGGGAGUCUCUGUGCACCAUGACCAAGCUGGGCAUUCUAAUGCGACUUGGAGUGGCAAAGUAUGCACUUUCCUAUCCAGUUUUUUGCCGCUUGGGAAGGGCUCUGCCCAAUCCGAAGACAAAUGUUCCGGGUAAUCCCGGUAAACCAUUACGGAAGGCAGUGCAGGAUGCUCGUCGAAAGAAGAGUCUCGGACACUUGGAUCCGUGGAAGCCAGCCACCAAGUUAUUAAGUGAGGAAUCUCUAUCUGGGAAUGAAAUGGACAAGAUGCGUAAAAGAAUGCGCACUAACACCAAGCGCAUUCAAAAGAGGAAGAGAAAAGUUGUCCAUCCACAACCAGGUCCCAAACAGGACGACUUGGCGGGGAUUGAAAAUGAGAUCAUGGAUUCAAAACCACUUUUCGGGCCUACUGGCUCAACUACUCCAGAUAUCCCAGUUCCUAGUGGUACGAACAGUGAUCCACACAAGCUUUCCGGCGCUAGUGAGUUUCAGUCAGUUUUGUCAGAUACGGCAUUGCAAUCGGGAACUUUAAGUUCGCGGUUUUCUCGGAACAUGUCGCCAGGCGUUUGUCGUCAUGGGUUUUCGUUAACUCCUAGGAACUCUACCAGCAAGUCGGAAAUGAAUAACAGAGUAGAUGUUAAUGAGGAUGAAAGAUCUGAAGCUUCGAAGAGUUUGUCCAUUUGUAGUACCACUCCUAUCGGCUUGGAUGUCCAGCCAGCCGGGUACACCCCUGGACUGGAACCCGAUGUGGAUAAUGCUUCCGUGCUUGGGCUUUGCGGCAGUCCUCUAAGCUUGCGCACGCGGGCGGAACAGUACUUAACGCGCUAUGUAGUCUUAGAUGAAGAUAAACUACCAACUACCAAUCAAGGACCAGUUAUACCCGUUGGAGAGCAAAUGGAAAUAUGUGAGGACCCUAUUACCCUUCCUCGACAAUCAAAUUCCCAAGAAUCUAUUUCCAAUCGAUUUAUAUCUUCUUACCCCCAAGACAACACACUUUUGACCGAUGGACAAGUCAAAAUUUCACAGUCGCUCAGUUUCCAAUCUGAACUUGAGCCACAAGACGUAAACAAUCAAGAGGCACCAAACGCAGUCUUCCUGGAUGUCCCAAACUCUAUUUCCGAAAAUGCUGAGAAUACGCCAUGUCAAGAUCAUAUUUCAUGUUCAGAAGAAAACGAUGGCUAUUCUUCUAACCCUUUAAAUAUGAAUACAUCUAUUUCCAAUGGAUUUACAUCUUCUAACGCCCAAGACAACCCACUUUCGACCGAUGGACAAGUCAAAAUUUCACAGUCGCUCAAUUUCCAAACUGAACAACCGUCCAUCUUAAAGUUGCGACGGAGCGUAUCUGAGUUUGACUUUUAUAAAUGAUUUUUAAGUUAAUAAAACCAAUCGAGUACCCGCGCCCACAUCGAACUAUCGAUAGUUGGUAUGCGCGAUUAUUGUCAGAAAUCA